UUUCUCGUUCAACAAUCUUUCGCCACUACAUAACGUUUGAAUAGUAUUAGCUAAUUUCUAAAUUUUCAACAUAGUUAUCAUCAAUAUACUGUUAAUCACGGGACAUGAAAAAAUUGAAGAUUCUUCACGGAUUUGAAUAGGGAUCAGAUAGGUUUGACCUGAUGAAAUCGUAACAAGUUUAAAGGCACAGGAUUCUUCACGAAUGAAGUUUAAACCCGUUCAUCAUGUCCCAUAUGAAUCUGGAAGAAUCACUAGUGGUAUCGGUCGGAUUGCUUUAUAUGGUCAUUUAUCCCGUACGGGUCGCUCAACGGACGCGUGUCGAUGCUAACCGUCGACAGUUUUCUGGGGGCCACGAACGUUAGUGUCCAGCGGACGGGACACGUACACUGUUGCCGACGGAUAUCUUGGGCAGCGGUGGUCACGCGUGGACAGAAAACCGCGGAAAACGUAGACCACGGCAGGCUGGCUGUGUGGAUCGGCGAAACGUGCGCCGUUCAGCGCCAUCGGGCGGAAUGUACGCGAACCGCUCAUCGAGGAAAAACUGCAAUCGAAGCAAACGCAACCGCCCACCCCCUCCGCAACGGGUCGUGAACUCGUUCCGUUCCGUUGAUAACACCGCGGCGCGUUGUUAUCGGUGUAAAAGAAUUUCAAAAUUUUUAAUUUAUUAUUUUUUCUCCCCCCGACGACCGGCUCCAUGCCGUCAAAGGUCGAUUCCGCCGAUCGAUCAUCCCAGAGGAACUGAAAACUCGACAACAAUUCGUUUUCCUCCUUCGUCGUGCCACCCCACCUGCGCCCGUCAAACGGCGGUGUUACGCAACUACGAUCGUUUCCUUAUCGGCUUUAUUCGAAAACAUUAACCGUUCUCGUAUCAAGCGCUGAGCAAUUAAUUCUGUUGUGCGCUCACGUUCGUUCAGAUCAUCACAGGUCGCCGCCGACCUUGGGGACAGCAAUCGUCGUAGAACAAUUAUAGCAGUCGUUCCGACAAUUCGUGGAAAAUGAACGUCCCGACAUCCUCGUGGUCGUUUACGAUCAAUUGGGACCAAUUAUAAUUGCAUUUGAAUUAGACCUGAACAACUGGUUGUGACGAUGAUCAUUAUCCAGACGUUCUUUAAGGGCUUCGGCUCCGGUCUUAAAUUGCCUGGCGUCCGUGUCAACUGCAAAACUCUGCUGACUGAAAGCAGAAAAACACUGUGCAACAAUCAGCUGCCACUAAAUCCCAUGAGACUCAUUCGAUGCUGUUCCACCGACAGAAAGGUUCUGAUAACUGAACAAUCAAAACCAAUCGAUAAGCCAAAGAAUAACAGAAUAGUCAUCAGUACCCUAAGUCCGUACUUAGAACUCAUGCGGUUUUCUAGACCCAUUGGUUGGUUGCUUUUAUAUUGGCCGUGUACAUGGAGUAUAGCUCUGGCCUCUGCUGCAGGAGAAUUUCCAAACUUUGAAAUGCUAGGUUUGUUUGGUUUGGGAGCUGUAAUGAUGCGAGGUGCUGGUUGUACGAUAAAUGACAUGUGGGACAGAGAUAUAGAUAAAUGUGUUGAAAGAACAAAAAAUCGACCACUUGUCAUUAAAUCAUUAAGUAUGUUUGAUGCAUGGGUGUUCCUUGCUGGUCAGUUGGGUUUAAGUCUUCUCGUACUGUUGCAGUUAAAUUUGUAUACCAUAAUGGUUGGUGCUAGCUCAUUAGUUCUAGUGACAUUAUAUCCUCUUAUGAAACGAAUAACAUACUGGCCACAAUUUGUAUUGGGGUUAACUUUCAAUUGGGGAGCUUUAUUAGGAUGGGCUGCCAUUCAUUCUUCAAUUGAUUUUACUGCCUGUUUACCAUUGUAUGCAGCUGGUGUUAUGUGGACACUUUUUUAUGACACUAUUUAUGGUCUUCAAGACAGAAAAGAUGACAGCAAGCAUAAUAUUAAGUCAACCGCUGUUCUUUUUGGAUCUAAAUCAAAAUUGUGGUUAACUACUUUUGCCUCUAUGUCAUUAAGUAGUCUUAUAAUAUGUGGUGUUAAUACUGGUCAAACUUGGCCAUACUAUUUAGCUGUUGGUGUAGCUGGUGCUCAUAUGUUUAAUCAAGUAUAUACGCUGGACAUAUACAACCCUAAAGAUUGCGGAAAUAAAUUUAUUUCUAAUAAUCAUAUUGGUUGGAUUAUGUUUUUGGGAAUUGCGUUAAGUACUUUAUUAAAAGUUUCUAAUGAUAAUGUUAAUGAAAAAACAAAUUCAGUAACCAAUUAAAGUCACAAUUAUAUGUAAUUUUUUUGUUACCACAAUAUGACAAAAAUAUGUUACUUUAUAAGUUAUUAGAAUACAUGGAUUAAC